AUGUAGUACUUGAAUUUAAUAUUUUAUAUUUUAAAACAUUUAAACGCGUAAUCGCAGGAAAAUUGGCCGAAUGAAAUGUUUCGGUUCUUAAUCCCCGGUCUCUCGGAGAUCUUUUCCGGUUCCGUAGAUAGGAAAUAUUAAGCACCACGUCGCCAUUCGUAUCAUAGAUCAUCCGCGGUACGAAUCGAGGGUUAGUUCGUGUCGCGAAUCUGUAUUGGGGCUCGAUUCGCAGAGUGCUGACCUAAGCGAGCGAUUUUUUGAGAAUGAUCUUUGAUCGCGGCUGUCGGCUCGUUCACGCGUGAUCGCGUGCGUCGUUGGAGAUCACAACGAACACAGUUAUAAUCGCGAUAUGCGCGAUCGUCGACCAGCCCACGCGCGUGUCGCAGAUCUGUUAGCGCGAAUAUUUGCGAGCGACUCAUGCUAGUUAUGGAAUUAUACUAGACUGUCGUUCGUUUAAACAGACGGAUGGAAUGAUCGCGACGACUUGGAAAAACCCCUUGAGAUCGAUCAAGGAUCAUGCGUGUUAGAUGCGCAAGUAUCGACGAGACCGCGAGUUAAGACGAUAAUCCAGGAUAAUUCCGAAGAAGGAAUCGGAUCAGAGACAAGGAGUCCCUUGCGCAGGAUGUUCGCACUGCCAUUACUGACAGCCUGGAUCGUCCUGGCACCUCAAUUCAUCCAGGAUGGGGUAGCGACGGGGCAACGUUACACCCCGAGUCCGACCCAAGAUCUGGACAACACUCUGCAGUCGGCGCCACCCCUCGGGCCGAACGUGUGCAGAUCGAGGUCCAAAAAUUACUGCUGCCCGGGAUGGUCGAAGAAACUAGAAACGGGCCUGUGCGUCAUUCCGAUUUGCGCAAGACGCUGCGGCUCUCUUGGAAGAUGCAUAAGACCCAAUAUCUGUUUAUGUGAAGGCGGUGUCGUCGCUUCCGCCUGUGGCAACGGCCAAAGCAAAGUCAUCACCCACGAGACUGGAAGUGGCGGCGAUCGCGGCGAGACCGGCAGAUGUAAGGUCCAUUGUAUAAACGGAAACUGUGUCGAUGGCCGAUGCCAGUGUCGCAGCGGAUACCAGGGAGAAUUUUGCAACGAACCAAUUUGUCGCGAGCCCUGCUUGAAUCAAGGAAGAUGCAUCGGUCCAGAUCGCUGCGCCUGCAUCUACGGUUACACCGGAAGACGUUGCGAGACCGAUUACAGGACCGGACCUUGCUUCACCAAAGUAAAAAACGGCCAGUGCUUGGCGAGCCUGCAAGGGGUGGUUUGCACGCGACAGUUGUGCUGUGCCACCGUGGGCAAGGGCUGGGGCCACCCCUGUGAGAAGUGCCCGGCCAGAUUGGAUUGUGAAUUAGGUUAUUUAAAGACCAACCAGGGACAAUGCGUCGAUAUCAACGAGUGCGACGCGAUUCCCGGGCUUUGCCAGGGUGGCAAGUGCCUCAACACUCCCGGCUCAUUCACCUGCGAGUGUCCCGUGGGACAAGCGAGGGAUCCCGAGACCAACGAGUGCAAGGACAGGGACGAGUGUCAGGAGGAAGGCAUCUGUGCGGACGGCCGAUGCAUAAACACCAAUGGCGGUUAUUACUGCCACUGCAAUCCGGGAUUCAUACAGAGCCAGGAUCGCAAAUUCUGCAUCGAUGGCAGGCAGGGAUUGUGUUAUACAGCGGUGAACCGUAACGGACAGUGCAGGAAUCGGCUUGCGAUGCGACUGAGUAAAAAGGAUUGUUGCUGCGGCAAGAACAUGGGUCGAGGAUGGGGCGACGAGUGUUUUAUCUGCCCCAAUCCUGGCAGUGACGAUUACAACAGGCUUUGCUCGCAACAGCAGCCGUUCACCGAGGUGAACGAGUGCGCGCUGCGGCCGGACAUCUGCGGCGACGGGAAGUGCAUCGACACCAAGGAGGGCUACGAGUGCGAGUGCUAUCCGGGUUUCACGAGGAAGCCCGGCGGUAGAUGCGAGGACGUGGACGAGUGCCAGUUGGAUUACUGCCAGGGUGGAGUCUGUCGCAAUUAUCCUGGCAGCUUCGCCUGCGACUGCCCACCUGGCUUCGUUGUUUCCGGCGAGGGCAGAUAUUGCACCGACCACGACGAAUGUCAAGAUACAGGCAUGUGCACCAACGGACAUUGCAUCAACAUGAACGGAUCCUUCAAAUGCAAAUGCAACGAUGGUUACACGCUAUCGCCGACGAGAAAUACCUGCAUAGACAUUAACGAGUGUGUAGAAAAUCCGAGGAUCUGCCUGAACGGCCGCUGCGAGAACACGCCAGGGUCCUAUCAUUGUAUCUGUCAAUCAGGCUUUACUCCUUCGAGGGACAAUACGUUCUGCGUGGACAUGGACGAAUGCUCUACCAGUGGAAUGUGCGAGAAUGGCAAGUGCGUCAACAUGGAGGGCUCCUUCAAGUGCGUGUGCGACUCCGGCUUCAGGAUCGGUCCCGACCUAAGCCACUGCAUCGAUAUCGACGAAUGUGUAAAUUUACCGUGCCAAAAUGGACGUUGCAUCAACACGGCAGGUAGUUUUCGGUGUGAGUGUCAUCCGGGAUUCAAUCUGGGUCUUGACGGAAGGUCCUGUUUAGAUACGAGAAGAGAUCUGUGCUAUUCGCAGUACAGAGACGGCCAAUGCUCCAACCCGACGUCCACCGCCGUGACAAAGUCCAGUUGUUGCUGCUGCACGGUGAUCCUGGGUCAGCCGCUGGGCUGGGGUAGCACGUGCCAGCCUUGCCCGCUUCCGGGCACCUCGGAAUUCGAAGCCUUAUGUCCGCACGGCGCCGGGAUGACUUAUAACGGUGACGACAUCAACGAGUGCGCCCAGAAUCCCAACAUUUGCGUCAAUGGCGGAUGUGAGAAUCUUAUGGGAACGUAUCGGUGUAUCUGCGACAAUGGAUACGAAGUGGAUGCAACGGGGAAGAUAUGUAGCGACAUUAAUGAAUGCGAGCUGGAGGAUUCCCUGUGCAGCGGCGGACAGUGUCGAAAUACACCCGGUAGUUUCCAGUGCAUCUGUCCGACUGGCAUGAGGUACAACACGCAAAACCAAAUGUGCGAGGACGUGGACGAGUGCGAGGAGUUAGGACCGGACGUGUGCUUCAACGGCGUUUGCAUCAACACUCCGGGAGCCUACGAGUGCGAGUGUUCCCCGGGAUACAUUCUCGACAACACCGGUCACAUUUGCAUGGACAAUCGGAAGGGCUCCUGCUGGACCAAAAUGAUAGACGGCCGGUGCGAGUACAACCUGCCAAAAUUGACUCUGCGCUCGGAGUGCUGUUGCUCAGUCGGGGUGGCUUGGGGCAGCCCCUGCGAAGUCUGCGACCAUUCCCUCUGCGAGUGCUCCAAGGGCUACGCGAAGGUGGAUGGCAAGGGCUGCGCGGACAUCAACGAAUGCGAGCUCAACAGCGGGAUCUGCAAAGGGGGUGGCACUUGCGUUAAUACGGACGGCUCGUAUCGUUGCGAAUGUCCCCCUGGCCUCACUUUAGACGUGACACACACCACUUGCAUCGACACCAGACAAGAAAUGUGCUUCCUAGACUAUCGUCAUGGCCAAUGCACUAGUCCUAUAGAGGGCCAUUUCUCCAAAAGCCUCUGCUGCUGUUCCGUGGGCCGCGCCUGGGGCAGCGACAAGUGCGAAUUGUGUCCUAAACUGGGCACGCAGGCCCAUGCCGAGAUGUGUCCACGCGGGGACGGCUUCACUGAGCGUCAGGAUAUCAACGAGUGCGUCGAGUUCCCGGGCAUGUGUCUGAACGGUAGAUGCAAGAACACAAUCGGCAGCUACAGUUGCAAAUGCAAUCAGGGCUUCGCGCUCGACGAGCACGGUAUCCAAUGCAACGACAUCGACGAGUGCGAGAUCAUGCGUGGGGUGUGCGGUAAUGGCACCUGCAGGAACACGCCCGGCAAUUUCCAGUGCGACUGCAAUUCUGGCUAUCGCAGUAGUGACAUCAUGAAAAUUUGCAUGGACAUAAACGAGUGCGAAGAGACGCCAGGACUGUGUCGCGGCGGCACCUGCGUCAACAACGAGGGGAGCUUCAAAUGUCAGUGUCCUCCAGGACACGAGCUGGGACCCGACAAGCAGUCCUGCAAGGACAUCGACGAGUGCUCGAGAACCAGCGGUAUAUGCUCGAAUGGCGUCUGCGAGAAUAUGAUGGGCACCUAUCAAUGUGUAUGCGACGACGGCUAUCAGCAGACGGGCCUCAGAUCUCAUUGCGAGGACAUCAACGAAUGCACGACUGAUAACGGCGGCUGCGAAGACAUUUGCCUGAAUACGCCGGGCAGCUUCUCCUGUUCCUGCCGCACCGGCUACGCGUUGAACCUGGACGGCCGAAGCUGCGUGGACGUUGACGAGUGCAAGGAAAACCCUCGAAUCUGCAACGGAGGUAAAUGUCGGAAUAUACCGGGCGGCUACGUAUGCAACUGCACGAACGGCUUGCUGCCCGAAAGGGAUGGUAUAUCCUGCAUAGAUGUCGACGAGUGCGUGACGCAGCCGCGGAUAUGCGGAUACGGUGAGUGUUACAACACAAUCGGUUCCUUCAACUGUCGCUGCGAGGAGGGAUACUCGGUGAAGCCGGCGGAGGGUCCAGGGUGUACCGACGACGACGAGUGCCGGCUAAACGCUUAUUCCUGCAGCGAGUUCGCCGAAUGCCAAAACACCCAGGGUUCGUACGUGUGCACUUGCCACGAGGGAUUCACUGGGAACGGGAUCGAGUGCUGGGACAUCAACGAAUGCUCCACGAACAAUGGCGGUUGCGACUCCAAUGCGCAUUGUAUCAACACCGAGGGUUCCUUUAAGUGCGUGUGCGACGCUGGCUUUCGGGGCGACGGCUACAGCUGCAAGGACAUCGACGAAUGCACGGAGGACAGCACGCUCUGCGAGAAUGGGCAUUGCCUGAACUACCCGGGCGCUUAUCGCUGCGAGUGCGAAAUGGGCUUCAUGCAUCCGGAUGAGCAUAACGAACAGGCGUGCGUGGACAUCAACGAGUGCGAGAUGUUCAGUAAUCUCUGCGUCUUUGGCCACUGCGAGAACAUCUUCGGCAUGUUCCGCUGCGAGUGCAACGAGGGCUACAAGCUCGACGGUUCGGGCGGUAACUGCACCGACGUGGACGAAUGCGAGAGCCCGCAGUCCUGCCAGUACGGCACCUGCAUCAACACGCAGGGCAAAUACAUCUGUAGGUGUCCACCGCAUCACGAGCUGGUGGAGGCCGGGAAUGCCUGCGUUGACAGACGCGAAUCGCUUUGCUUCACCGGCUACGAGCACGGUACCGGACGACCCCAGUGCAUCUUCGAAGUGUCGUCGUCAGUGACGAAGGCAACGUGUUGCUGCAGCAUCGGCACCGCGUGGGGCAAUCGUUGCGAGGAGUGCCCGCAGAUCGGUACGGAAGAGUACGAGCAACUAUGCCCCAGCGGGCCAGGGUACAGGCCGAAUCGCGUAACCGUUAUCCUGGAAGACAUCAACGAAUGUGAGGAGCAUGAGAAUAUCUGUCAGAAUGGGCACUGCACCAACACAUUUGGUAGUUUCAUGUGCUCCUGCAACGAAGGCUUCAUCCUGGACGAUUCUAAGACUAGUUGCAUCGACAUAAACGAGUGCGCGUUGCAUCCGCGAAUAUGCGGCGUAGGAUACUGCAUCAACGAUCAAGGGAAAUACCAUUGCGAGUGUCCUGAAGGGUACAUGGCGAUGCCUGGAGGAAAGGAAUGCGUCGACAUGAGAAAGGAGGCCUGCUACCUCACUUAUGAUUCUGGACAGUGCCUUAAUCCUAUGGUACAGCCGCAGACGAAGAUGCUAUGCUGCUGUUCCAUGGGAGCCGCAUGGGGCAGUCUCUGUGAGAAGUGUCCUGGCGAGAGAACCCGCGAACACGAGAUUCUCUGCGGACUGGUGCCGGGCCAGAUCAUGAAUCCAAUCACAAAUCACUCGGAAGAGAUCGACGAGUGCGCGCUGAUGCCGACUAUGUGCACACACGGCCGCUGCAUGAAUACGCCUGGCAGUUUCGAGUGUCAGUGCAACCGCGGCUACAUUUAUGACCAAGACUCACACCAGUGUAUUGACGAGAACGAGUGCCUACAGAUACCGAAUCCUUGCAGCGGAAACGCGCAGUGCAUUAACCAGCAGGGCUAUUUCGAGUGCGUGUGUCCGGCUGGCUACAAACUCGGGCCUAGUCAGCACGAUUGCGUCGACAUCGAUGAGUGCUACGAGCGAGCGGGCAUCUGCAGUAACGGGGCGUGCAGCAAUCUACAAGGCGGCUUCCAGUGCAUCUGUCAUUCCGGAUUCUCGUUGACUCGCGACCGAGACAAUUGCGUCGACGUCGACGAGUGCCAGCGCAACCCGAAUAUAUGCAAUAACGGCACUUGCAUCAACACCUUGAGUUCUUACAAGUGCCAGUGCUACCAAGGGUUCAAGCUCAGUCCAAACAACGACUGUGCGGAUAUUAAUGAAUGUCGGAUCAUGCCGUUUUUGUGCCGAAAUGGCCGAUGCCGGAACACGAUCGGCGGCUUUGUCUGCGAGUGCGCGGACGGUUACGUGUUGGCGCAAGACGGCCAGCAUUGUCGCGAUAUCGACGAGUGUCACGAGAUACCAGGAUUGUGUCCAUCUCCGGGGAAAUGUCAGAAUUUAAUGGGAUCUUACGUAUGUACCUGUCCACUAGGCUACGAACUGGAUCAUUCCAGAAGGAAGUGCGUUGACGUAGACGAGUGCGUGGAGACAAGGGGCAUUUGCGAGAACGGACGGUGCAUAAACACGGAGGGCGGAGUGAUUUGCGAGUGCCCGGUCGGAUAUCGGUUGAGCGAAAGACCGAACUCGAUGAGAUGCAUCGACGUGAGGGAGGAACAGUGCUACGACAAUUACAGGCGGGGCCAGUGCACUUUACCGCGGGAAGGCGGAAUGACCAAGAAACACUGUUGCUGCACGAUGGGCAAAGCUUGGGGCCGCUACUGCGAGCAAUGUCCGCUCGAAAAUAGCGAGGAGUUCAAGAAGAUGUGCCCAGAGGGGCCGGGGCGGGAUGACACUGGGAUCGAUCUGAACGAAUGCCUGUUUAUGCCGGAUGCCUGUCACGGUGGCGAGUGUAUCAACACGGAUGGCUCGUUCCGGUGCGAGUGCCCGACCGGGUACAUGCUGGACGAGACCGGGAGGAGAUGUGUGGAUAACAACGAGUGCCUGACCGUGCAGAAUAUCUGCGGUAACGGCACUUGCCGCAACAUCGACGGCGGUUUCGAGUGCUCUUGCAACGAGGGAUACGCGCCCGGAGCUCAUCAGGUGUGCGAAGAUGUGAACGAGUGCCUGGAGCUGGGCAAUCAGUGCGCAUUCCGGUGCCACAACGCGCCGGGUUCCUUCCGAUGUAUUUGCCCGUAUGGGUACACUCUCGCACCUGACGGCCGUCAUUGCGUAGACGUCGACGAAUGCGCAACGCCGGCGAACGACUGUAGAUUCCAGUGCAAGAAUUUGAUCGGCACCUUCAUGUGCAUCUGUCCGCCUGGCUACCAGAAGAUAGGGAUGGCAGACGAGUGCAAGGAUAUCAACGAGUGCGCCAUUAACUCCGGCCUCUGCCAGCACGGCCGCUGCGUUAACUUGGAAGGGAGUUACCAGUGCCUCUGCUACGACGGUUUCGAGCAAAGCGCGGACGGAAAGUCGUGUAUCGACCGAAGGGUCGGCUAUUGCUUCCUGCAAACGAUCGGCGGCAGGUGCACCGCCAGAACCUCGGAACUGCGCACGGUUACGAAGGCGGACUGUUGCUGCACCAUGGGAGCGGCUUGGGGGCCGCAUUGCGAGAUCUGUCCAUCCAGAGACUCCGACAAUUAUAACGAGCUCUGUCUGGACAAAGGAUUCUCCGUGGACGGGCAAGAUAUCGACGAGUGCAAAACCAUACCCGAUCUCUGCAGGAAUGGCCUUUGCAUCAACACGCUCGGCUCGUACAGAUGCAUCUGCAAUAAAGGCUACAAGGCCGAUAAAUCCGGCAUACGAUGUAUCGAUAUUAACGAGUGCGAAUUAACGCCGAAACCGUGCAAGUAUAAUUGCCAAAACACCGAGGGUAGCUUCAUCUGUUCGUGCCCGUCGGGCUUCAUUCUGAAUCCCGACGGUAUCAGCUGCAGGGAUCUGGAUGAAUGCGCAACCGGAAAUCACCUGUGUCAGCAAAACUGCAUAAACACACCGGGAAGCUACACUUGCGAUUGUCAAGAAGGCUACACUCAACAAGGAGAUGCGUGCCAUGAUAUAAAUGAAUGCGAUCAGCCAGGCGUUUGCCCGAAACCCGGCAAAUGUAUUAAUACCUUAGGCAGUUUCCAGUGCAUUUGCCCGAGAGGUUUCAAAUUAGACCAUACUGGACGAUUCUGCACGGACCACAAUGAAUGCGCUGACGACACCAACUGCGAACACGGUUGUCAGAAUCUCAUGGGGACUUAUCGUUGUGGAUGCCCGGACGGUUUUGUUCAACACAUUUACCACAAUCAGUGCAUGGACGAGAACGAAUGUAAUUCAUCACCCUGCGGAGACAACACAUGUAUUAAUACCAUUGGCAGUUAUAAAUGCGGCUGUCCCGACGGAUACCAGUUCGACAACAAUCUAGCUAUUUGCGUGCAGGUGAGUGCAGGCUGUCUUGGAAGUCCGUGCGCCUUUGGAUGCAUCCCUAAUGGAGCUAAUGGAUUCAUUUGCGGUUGCCCGACUGGUUAUCAGCGAAUAGGACAGGGUCACUGCCUAUCUACCAUUAAUCCGUCGCAUCAGGGACGUUACGACGAGGACAUUGGCAACGUGCCGACUUUCCAAAUCAAUCCCGAUCCUUAUCAUAUACCGCCGGCUGGCGAUAAGACAAUUUCCACGGAGGGCUGUUUCUCGUGCAAGAUAAACGGAAAAGAGCGGUACAGAAGGGGCGCGAGGAACAGAUUGGUGAACGGAGAAAUCAGGACGAGGAGAGGAGAGAUAAAGAAGAAACGUCAAACUACUAGGCCAAAGAGGCAUCAUCACGGGACGAACCGCGUACUCAAGAUCAAUCUGCGUCAGACGAGACAUCGUACGCGGAUUAUCAAGCUGCAAUCCGCCAUCGAGGACGAGAAUGUGGAUUAUACUAUCGCGCGGGGCAACAACGGUGGACACUUCGAGAUCGUCAGGGAACACGGCGUUUCCGCUCUGCACUUCCGGCACCGGCUGAAAAAUCCCGGCAAGUUUCGUUUAGUUAUCCACGGCCGUCCCAGCAACGCGACGGCAACGACGGCGGAAUGGGAGAAGCCGCUAACGUUCACGAUCCGUCUCAUAGUCACGGAGUAAGAUCGUCGGAGAAAGGAUCCAGAAUAAUCGAAUUGCGUGAGAAAAGAUCACUGCCCGACACUGCGUAACGCUUUCUCUUAGUCAAUUUUGCGUAAUUAUCUCGAGCUACGGCAAAGUAUUAAAAGCACCAACGUAUGUAAGAGAGGGACGCGAAUACAAGAUGGCACGUAAAAGCCGGAGAUCGGUAACGGAGAACGUCCUCUUCUCUCGGACAGUUCCGUUAAAUUUUUCUUUAAUAGAACGACGAUUGAAGAUAGUGGAGCGCCUUUUGUGUUCACUUUGUGUGCAAAUUGCAUUAUUUAACUGCCAGAUAAUAAUAUAUUAAUUUACGAGCGAUUCUUUACAGCUGCUGUCUUACGAUGUCUUCGUUAUUUCCACACUGCCACUGUACUCCAAUCGAGAUCUAGGAGCGCCAUUCAUAGUCCGAUCUUAUAUUCCAAGUCUGAAAUCUGGUCACGGGCGGUCUUAAGAUUCUAUCCAGCUAAUGUAAUGAUCGUACACGACGUCUCGAGAUCGUACUUAAUCCGCUCUUUCGAAUAUAAGAUUGGAUGAUGAAACCCUAGGAUUCGAUGCUUUACCCUUUUCGACAGUCAAUAAUAAAUCGAAAUAAUACGCCCAUCGGCGUCAAUCAAUCGCCGUGCGUUCAAAAUCAAUAGUUAGAAAUUCAAAGUCAAUAAUUCUCUGUGCGUCGUCAAGAAACAAGUGUUCUCUCAAUUUACUGCCUAUAACGUAAAUAUAAUACAAUUAGAUUAGACGUAACAUGCUAGAGAUGUACAAACGCUAGAUUACUAUAGCUUUAAGCGAGCGAACGCACGUGUACACAUAAAAAGAUAUAAAAGAUGUAGCUUUAUAUAUUUAUAAAUUUGAACCGGGAACAAAACGCGACACGAAUGUAGUCUCGUGUACAAAAUCAGUACACCUUGUGCUUAAACCUCAAAGAGAAUUUCUCAUUACAUAUCAUCGAUCGCUUGAUUCUUAUGUAUGUCUUCUACUUUGUGCCUACAUCACAGUAAGAAAUUUAAUUAUGUAUAAUAUACUAAAAAACAUGUCAGUAUAAUAAAGAUGUGAAUAGAGUCUAUUUAAAGCGGCUCUCUUUCUUUGCACUUAAUAGCUGAAAUGUUGUUUCACGUUUUUACAUUUUUAUCAUACUUGUAGUGCAUCUUUCAGCUAUUACGAGGGUGGUUGGAUAAGUGACACUUGGUUUGCAUACUAAUAGAGAGCGAGAGCGACAUUCGUAUAUGCGGUCAUAAAGUUUCCUUCUUAAGGAUGCAUAUUCUAUGGUCACAAGUGCGUUGAACUUCGAGGGUGCUAUGUUGAAAAAUAAAGUUUGUUGCAAAAUUCAAA